AUGUCGGGUGCGUACGGUUACGAAGGCGAUGGAUCUGCUCCGCCGCCCGUGCGUGGUGGAGGCUACGGAGGAUAUGGUGGAGGAAAUAGUGGUGGUGGCAGUGGAUAUGGAAAUUAUGGUGGUAGCGGCGGUGGGGGCUAUGGUGGUAAUAGAGGAGGCGGAAGAGGUGGUGGAGGUGGAGGUGGGGGAUACGGAGGAGGCGGUGGCGGCUACCAAGGAGAUCGUGGGGGACGUGGCGGUGGAGGCUACCAAGGAGAUCGCGGGGGACGUGGUGGUGGCGGCAGAGGUGGUGGGAGUGGCAGGGAAGGCGAUUGGCGAUGCCCUAAUCCAGGGUGUGGGAAUUUGAACUUUGCUCGAAGAGUUGAGUGUAACAAAUGUGGUACACCGUCUCCUGCUGGUUCUGAUGAUCGUGGGGGUAGAGGUGGUGGUGGUGGAAAUACUCGUGGGGGAAGGGGUGGUAGCUAUUAUGAUGGUGGAAGUGGAAGGGGUGGUAAUGAUUAUGAUGGAAGAAAUAGUAGAGGUGGUUCUUAUGGUGGUAGUCAAGGAAGAGAUGAUAGUGGUUAUGGACAGGAUACUCCAGUUGCUCCUGCAUCUUAUAAUGGAGUGGGUAACAACUACCCCCCACCUCCUCGUGCAUAUGGCGGGAGCCCUAAUUAUGCUCCUGAUGCAGUUCCUCCACCUGCAAGCUAUACUGGUGGCCCUGCUUCAUAUCCUCCAUCAUAUGGUGCUCCAGCUGGUUAUGGUGGUGAUGCACGUAGUGAUAACCGUGGUGGGGGACGAGGUGGCCCACCUGGUGGCUAUGGAGGAGAUUCUCGGAACCCUUCAGGAGGUUAUGGUAGUGCUCAAACUGAGGCUCCAGCAACAGUGAAGCAGUGUGAUGAAAAUUGUGGUGACUCCUGUGACAACGCUAGAAUUUAUAUCUCGAAUUUACCGCCAGAUGUGACCACUGACGAGCUUAAAGAUCUUUUUGGAAGUAUUGGACAAGUAGCAAGAAUCAAGCAAAAGCGAGGCUACAAGGACCAGUGGCCCUGGAGUAUAAAAAUAUACACAGAUGAACAUGGAAACAGCAAAGGAGAUGCAGUUUUGUCAUAUGAAGAUCCUUCUGCUGCACAUUCAGCUGGUGGUUUUUUCAAUAUGCAUGAAAUGAGAGGUCACAAAAUUAGUGUCAUAAUGGCUGAGAAGUCAGCUCCAAAGGGUCCUCCUGCGUAUGGUUCUGGGGGAGGUGGUAGAGGUGGCUAUGGAGGCGACAGACGUAGAGACAACUUUAGAGACGGUGGUGGAUCUGGACCAAAUAGGAAUUAUCAUGGUGGAAACCGUUCACGCCCAUACUAA